AUGGCGGAAGGCGCCCAGCCGCAGCUUCAGCCGCUUCAGCCGCUUCAGCUCGGGCCCGGCGCCGCUGCCCGGGGGAUGAAGCGGGAGUCGGAGCUGGAGCUGCCGGCGCCCGGAGCGGGAGGAGACGGAGCCGAGCCCGGCCUGAGCAAGCGGCCGCGCACGGAGGAGGCGGCGGCCGACGACGACGGCGGCGGCGGCGGCGGCGGCGGGAUGCAGAACGAGCCUCUGACCCCAGGUUAUCAUGGAUUCCCAGCACGGGACAGCCAGGGUAACCAGGAGCCAACAACAACUCCUGAUGCAAUGGUUCAGCCUUUUACUACCAUCCCGUUUCCACCUCCUCCACAGAACGGAAUUCCCACAGAAUAUGGAGUGCCACACACUCAGGACUAUGCCGGCCAGACCAGUGAACAUAACCUGACACUCUACGGAAGUACGCAAGCCCACGGAGAGCAGAGUAGCAACUCACCCAGCACACAGAAUGGAUCUCUUACGACAGAAGGCGGAGCACAGACAGAUGGCCAGCCAUCACAGACACAAAGUAGUGAAAAUUCAGAGAGUAAAUCUACCCCUAAACGGCUGCAUGUCUCUAAUAUCCCUUUCCGCUUCCGGGACCCCGAUCUCCGACAGAUGUUUGGGCAAUUUGGCAAAAUCCUAGAUGUAGAAAUAAUCUUUAAUGAACGUGGUUCCAAGGGAUUCGGGUUCGUAACUUUCGAGAAUAGUGCUGAUGCAGACAGGGCCAGGGAGAAAUUACACGGCACCGUGGUAGAGGGCCGUAAAAUCGAGGUGAAUAAUGCUACAGCACGUGUAAUGACCAAUAAGAAGAUGGUCACGCCAUAUGCAAACGGUUGGAAGUUAAGCCCAGUAGUUGGAGCUGUAUAUGGCCCUGAGUUAUAUGCAGCAUCCAGCUUUCAAGCAGAUGUGUCCCUGGGCAAUGAAGCAGCAGUGCCCCUAUCAGGAAGAGGGGGCAUUAACACUUACAUUCCUUUAAUCAUUCCUGGAUUUCCUUACCCAACUGCAGCCACCACGGCGGCCGCUUUCAGAGGAGCCCACCUGAGGGGCAGGGGGCGGACGGUUUAUGGUGCAGUGCGAGCGGUACCUCCAACAGCCAUUCCCGCCUAUCCAGGUGUGGUUUACCAGGACGGAUUUUACGGUGCUGACCUCUAUGCCGGAUAUGCAGCCUACAGAUAUGCACAGCCUGCUACUGCAACCGCAGCCACGGCUGCUGCAGCCGCUGCCGCCGCUUACAGCGACGGUUAUGGCAGGGUGUACACAGCUGACCCCUACCAUGCCCUUGCCCCUGCCGCUAGCUAUGGAGUUGGCGCUGUGGCGAGUUUAUACCGAGGUGGCUACAGCCGAUUUGCCCCCUACUGA